UUUCGAACCUGUUCCUCUGCUUCCUGCUCCUGUUGUCUGUGAGCUGCCCGGCUCCCUGGGCUCAGGGAUCCCUGGCCCCCUCCUUCCCUCAGCCAUGGCCACCGCCCCAGGGCUGCCCAGGGUCCCGAAAUCCAAGCCUACCUUCCCUUCCCACUACCACGAGGGUUUUCUGGAGAAGAAGGGACCAAAAGACAGGGAUUAUAAGAAGUUCUGGGCUGGUCUCCAAGGCCUCACUAUCUAUUUCUACAACAGCAACCGGGACCCCCAGUAUGUGGAUAAGGUGGACCUGAGCAACUUUUUGGCACUGACAGAUGAUGCCCCAAGGGGCAGCACCACGGACCCAGGCACUCAGUUCUGCCUGUCACUUGCAGGGCAGGAGAUCAGAUUCAAGGUGGACAGCCUGGAGUCCCGGGAGAUGUGGAAGGCUUUCAUUAUGACAGUGGUGGAGCUCAAGGUCCCAUCCAACCUGCUGCCAGGGCCCAAAUACACGAUGACUGAUGUCCUGACCAAGGAAAAGGAUCGAAGGGCCCAGGAGAAGCCCUCCUGCUUCCUGGAUGUGAGCCGGGUGGAGGCGCAGCUGCUCCUGGAGAAAUACCCAGACUGCGGGAAUAUGUUACUGAGGCCGGGCAGCGACGGCUCUGGCAGCUUCUCUGUCACCACCCGCCAGAUGCUGAAUGGGGUAGAGCAGGUGAGGCACUACAAGGUGAAGCGCGAGGGGCGGAGUUACAUCAUUGACGUGGAGGAGCCGGUCUCCUGCUCCUCUCUCCAUGAUGUAGUGAACUACUUUAUCUCCAACACCAAGGGGGCCUUGGUCCCCUUCCACCCAGAUGAGGACUAUGAGAAGGUCUUAGGGUUUGUGGAGGCCAACCAGGAGAAUGGAGAGAGCACAUGGACAGUCCCCAAGCCUCCAGCCUCCCUGGGGCCAGGAGAGGCCAAGCAGACCCAGCAGCUGCCCGGCCCAGGCAGGUCCCCUCGGUUGCCCACGUCUGUGCCACCUGUGCCUGAUCAGGAUGAGAACUACAUAACCCCCAUCAGCGAUGAGCCCACAAAUCAAUAUGAGAAUGAAAAUGAAGUGGCCCCAUUCUGUCGCCUGAAGGCUCCUGCGCUGCCCCCUCGCCUGCUGGCUGGCCCCAAACCCAAGAGACAAGGGAAGCCGCUGCCCAAAGUGCCUGCUGUGCCCCACAAAGCCAAGACAGGUAGGGCCGUGCUGCCUGAGCCUUCCUUCCCCUCUCGCUGGCCAGUCCCUGAAGGGCCUCUUCCCCCACCCUCUCUGUCCUUCCCAGAGUCCAAGGGCCUGGCCGGCCCCAAGAAAGGUGGCUCCAGCGCUUCCCAGCCCAGGGUUCCUUCCGGCAUGCCCAUCUCCACAGAAAUGACGGAGGAGCUGGAAAGGAAGCUGCAGCAGAGGAGGGCCAUCCUGGAGAAGUGAGGCUGGAGCCAAGGAGGAGGAGACCUUCCAGUCCUAACCCCUGGGGGCUGCUCACCACCCCCCUUCCUCUUUUUACUCCCUCUAGCUUUAGCCCUUCCCCAGGGCUCCCAUCUGGAGCUCCCAUUCCUCUAGGGACAUCUCGGCCCCCCAACCUGGAUAUUAAAGCUAAAGGAACACGAUGGACCUGAA